AGACAAAGCUGAGUUUUACUGCAAGUCCAACUCUUUGCUUAGUGUGUGACGGACCGCAAUACCAUCUCUGAAACCUAGUCAGGAACGUUAGCGAAGAGAUUUCACACCUGAAUUGGGGCUCUGGAUGAUUCUCCAAGUUAUGCGUAAAAAAGCGCACCAUUCGUCGUGACGCAGCGUCAUCGUUUUUGGAUGUACAAAUCUCUCCGUUAAAUCCAAUUUAAGAACGUCGACUUUUUCCCUAUGAGGAUUAUAAAAAUCAUGAGGAUUUUGUGGGUGUUUGUAUUGUGCCUCUUUGGUUCGUCAGAUGCUGUGAUCGACUUGACCAUGAUCUCCACAGCGGAGGUCACCAACCACAACAACUUCACCAUCUCUUGUAUCAAUGGAGAGCGCAGCCCUGCCCAGGUUGAGCUGGACAUCAAGAGAGACGAGAGUAUCUUCGGAUUACUCAAAAAGAAUUUUAUAGUGAAUAAAUCCAAGAACAAGGAGGUGAUAGCAAGAAACUUUGCUCAUCUGGAACACAUUGGUAUCUUCUACUGUGAAUCUCCCCCAGUGGAGAAGAUCACAAUGAUCAACAACCUCGGCAGAGCUAAUUUUGUCCCAACUCAUCUUACACUGACUGCUAACAGAGGAGAGACAGUUCACAUCAGCAUGCAGCAGCUACACAAUCCCCAAAAUAGAGAUGUGACGUGGAAGUACAAUGGAAACUAUUAUUAUAUGACUCAUUGGAAUGAUAUGGUCAAUCGCACAGUUGUACUGACAGUGGAGAAUGCAGCUUAUGCCAAUCAAGGCAUCUACAGUGCCAGCUAUGUGGGGGGUAGCCCCUUUGAGGGAUCCUGGAUGAGGCUCAUCGUCAGAGACUGUCCAAGUAUGAAGUGGGGUCCUAGCUGUGACAAGGACUGUCCGGAGUGUCUCAAUGGUGGAGUGUGUCAUGAUGUGCAUGGAGACUGUAUCUGUCCUCCUGGAUUCAUGGGAACACGCUGUGGGACAGCCUGCAGAGAAGGAAUGUUCGGACGAAACUGCCAGCAGUCCUGUGGCUCCAAGCUGACCUGCAGGGGGCUUCGUUUCUGCCUACCAGACCCUUACGGUUGCUCCUGUGCCAGCGGCUGGUUUGGGAACCACUGUGAGAAGGCCUGCCGUAAUGACAUGUAUGGACCAAACUGCAAGUUGAGCUGUAAAUGCCAGAAUGGAGGAGUUUGCAAUCGUUUCAGUGGAUGCCAUUGUCCCACAGGGUGGAGAGGACAGAACUGUGAGAAGUCUGACCGAGCUCCCCAGAUCUUGGAUUUGGAUAGUAAUUUAGAGUGGAAUCUGAACUCCAGCCCCAAGAUCUUUUGUUCAGCCACAGGCAACCCCUUGCCCAGCCAUGACAGCAUUGAGCUGCGAAAAUUGGACAGCACUGUGCUCAAGGCCUCUCGCACUGUCAUGGACUCAAAUAAGAGUACAGCCCUGUUUGAGAUCCCUCGUUUGAGUGCACAACAAGGAGGGCUGUGGGAGUGCAGGGUGUCCACCAAUGGAGGUCAUGACUCUUGCAAGUUCAACCUCACCAUUAAAGAGCCCCCUGUGCCAACUACUGCACCCAAACUGCUGGAAAGAAGGAGUAAGCAGCUGCUGGUGAUGCCGGGGGACUCCUAUAGAGGAGAUGGCCCCAUUAUCUCCACAAAGAUCCUCUAUAAGCCUGUGAAGAAUGGAAACUCCUGGUCCUCCAUCAUAGUUUAUAGUGACAAAGAGCCAAUCACACUGAUGAAUCUGGAGCCUUCAACAAGCUACCGUGUCUGUGUCCAGCUGAGUCGUCCUGGGGAAGGUGGAGAGGGGGACCUUGGGCCAGAGGCCAUCAUGGAGACGGAUUGUCCUGAGCCCACAGUUCAACCUGUGAUUGACAUCAGCUCGGGGGAAGGUCGCAAUGCCACUGUUCGCUGGCGUCUGCCCGCCAACAAUGGCGUUAAUGCUGCUACAGCCACUGGCUUUUUAGUGCAGCUCUUCGGGCCACCACCCAACACUGAGAAACUACUGGAGGAGACCACCCUGCUCAAUGUGCUUUCCACAAAGUUCUACAACUUGGACUACCAGCAAGACUACACCGUGGUGGUGCGCCUCAUCAACUGUGGCAGCCAGGGGCCACCCUCCAAACCCUACCAGUUCCGCAUCCACAGCCAGGGUCCAUCAUCUCCACGUAACAUCAAAGCCCAGCCUCUGUCCGUGUCAACCAUCCAAGUGAGGUGGCAGCCCCCUGAAGAUCCCAAUGGAGGUAUCAUUAAAUACACCAUAGAGUACCAGCCAGUUGGCCAGGGGAGCCCACACCCUUGGGUGGACACGGACGAUGGAAACAAGACCACCAAAGAUGUGACAGCACUCAACGGCAGCACAUUUUACCAGUUCAGAGUUAGGGCUUUCUCCAAAGUGCCAGGAGAGUGGAGCAAAUUUGUUCAGGCGAAGACACAAGAUGAUGGCCAGAUUUUACUCGCGACCACACAGGGUGUGACUGCGAAGCCUGCUUCAGACGGUUACCAGCUGUUGGUGGCAGUGGUGGGCUCGGUGACUGUCACCUGUGUGACUAUCCUGUUGGCACUGUUGGCUCUUUUCUUCAUCCGCAAGACGCUGCUCAACCGUCGACGCACAUUCACCUACCAGUCUGGAUCGGGUGAGGAGACUAUUCUGCAGUUUAACUCAGGAACUCUGACCCUGACACGGAGGCCUAAACCAACACCAGAGCCCCUCACUUAUCCAAUCCUGGAAUGGGAGGAUAUAAAGUUUGAAGAUGUCAUUGGAGAAGGAAACUUUGGCCAGGUCAUCAAAGCCAUGAUCAAAAAGGAUGGCAAUAAAAUGAGUGCAGCCAUCAAAAUGCUGAAAGAGUUUGCUUCAGAGAAUGACCACCGAGACUUUGCAGGGGAGCUGGAGGUGCUGUGCAAACUAGGCCAGCAUCCUAACAUCAUCAACCUGAUAGGAGCCUGUGAGAACAGAGGUUACCUGUACAUAGCCAUUGAAUAUGCUCCCUACGGUAACCUUCUGGACUUCUUGAGGAAAAGUCGAGUGUUGGAGACCGAUCCUGCCUUUGCCAAGGAGCAUGGCACUGCUUCCACUCUCACCUCCCAGCAGCUGCUGCAGUUCGCUGUAGAUGUGGCAACAGGAAUGCACUACCUAAGUGACAAACAGUUCAUCCACAGGGACUUGGCAGCCAGAAAUGUCCUUGUAGGAGACAACCUUGUGGCGAAGAUAGCAGAUUUCGGCCUGUCCCGCGGUGAAGAAGUUUACGUUAAGAAGACAAUGGGGAGGCUACCUGUACGCUGGAUGGCCAUUGAGUCCCUGAACUACAGCGUCUAUACGACCAAGAGUGAUGUGUGGUCUUUCGGUGUUCUCCUCUGGGAAAUUGUGAGCUUAGGUGGCACACCAUAUUGUGGCAUGACGUGUGCUGAGCUUUAUGAAAAACUUCCACAAGGCUUCAGGAUGGAGAAACCCAAAAACUGUGAUGAUGAAGUCUACGAGCUGAUGAAGCAGUGCUGGAGGGAUCGCCCCUACGAGAGACCCCCCUUCUCCCAAAUCUCUGUCCAGCUCAACAGGAUGCAAGAGGCCAGGAAGGCUUACGUGAACAUGGCUCUCUUUGAGAACUUCACCUACGCUGGGAUAGACGCCACAGCCGAGGAGGCCUGACUACCAGCCCCCCCAGACCCUAGCAUGUCACAUAGCCCGAAAAGGAAGUCUCGAGGAUGGUCGCCGCGUUACUGCCACCUCCCUGCUGCUCAACGUCGAGACAGGAGGACCAGGUGCUCCACCAAAGCCACCCAGCUAUAGAUGGAGGACUGUGAAAGGACACUGUGUGGAGGUAUCAGAGGCAAUAAGAGAUGAGGAGUAUCACUGGGCCUUUUGGGAAAUACUGACCCCCCCUAUCACCACUUAGCAAUCUCAGAGAAAAGAUACAACAUUGUACCUCUUGCUGUGACAGAAGUUACAAUGUUGGAACCUUUUUUCUGAGUGAUGAGGGGAAGCGGCAAAUAAGGAGCUAUGUGACUUGCUGAAACACCACAGGGUCUGUGGGGUGUCAGCGCUGGACUUUUUUACUUUCUCUCCAUUCCUCUACAUGGAAAGGAAAGUAUUUUUUAUAAGGAUGAAAGGACACAGUGUGGAUCACAAACACUCAAGUUCUCAGACUAUUAGAAAAGGAUGAAAGGCACGUACAUUGAAGCACUUAAAAGCAGCCUCAUUUAUGCCAUCUGUGUCUUUUACUGUUUGCUUAUCACUGCCAUGUUAAUGUAACUACUACUGUAUGUAUUUUGUCUCUUUUUAAAGGACACAUAGAUGUAUCAAAACCUCCUAUUUGAAUGUAGUUACGGACUGAUGUAAAUGUAACCAUGGUUCAUGCUUGACGUGUUGCUCAACCAAAAAAGUAGUUGUUUGGAAAAUGCAACUAAUACAGGGCAGAUGCACAGCAAGUCCACCAGCUAUCACCACUAUAGUUUACUUUUAUAACUAUGCAGCUUAACGCAAUGUAUAGUAAUAUAUCCAUCAUAUGAAAAUGUACAGUAUGGUUUCAUUAACUGGUUCCUUGAAUAAAGGUUUUUCAUGGUGACUGGAAUCACCACA